AUGGCUCACUCCUCUGACUACCACAACCAUAGGGAAAUGACCAAUGGGCGAGGACAUCCUCUCCCCCACCCUCACAAUGGAGAAGGCUACCCUUACCCCCACAAUCAUAAUGGGGGAGACCACCUUCACUCUCACAACGGGAGAGGCCACCCUCACUCCCACAAUGGGGGCCAUGGGGGCCAGGCUGGGGGGUCCCACUCGACAAACCGCUACAUGCAGAAGAAGCAUCACCGCCACAGGGGAGGCAGGUCCUCACCCAUGGGCAGAGUCAUCCUCAUCAACUCUCCUGUCGAUGGUGGGGAUGACUGUGAAGACCUCCACACAGUGACAGUAGAUAAGAGUGCAGACGGCCGUCUGGGAUUCAGUGUUAGAGGUGGUUCAGAACACGGACUCAGCAUCUUCGUCAGCAAGAUAGAGGAUGACAGCGCUGCAGAGCAGGCAGGUCUCUGUGUAGGGGACAAGUUGGUGGAGGUGAAUGGUAUCAGCCUGGAAAGCAUCACUAUGAGCAGUGCUGUGAAGGUCCUGACAGGGAACAACAGGCUGAAGAUGGUGGUGAGACGUGUGGGGAAAGUCCCUGGUAUACGCUACUCCAAGGAGAAGACUACAUGGGUGGAUCUGAUCCAGAGGCGUAUGGUAGUAGAGGAGAGUGGUCGUACUCCUUCAGAUGCCAGUUCAGACAGUGUUCUCCGUAGGAUGGUUCACCUCUACACAACCUCAGACGACUACUGCCUGGGAUUCAACAUCAGAGGGGGCAAAGAGUUCGGACUGGGCAUCUAUGUCUCUAAGUUGGACCCUGGGGGUCUGGCGGAGCAGCACGGCAUCAAGAUGGGCGACCAGAUCCUAGCGGCCAAUGGGGUGAGCUUUGAUGGCAUCACCCAUAGCAAUGCCGUGGAAGUUCUGAAGAGCCACACCCACAUCAUGCUAACCAUCAGGGAGGCAGGAAGAUACCCUGCAUACAAAGAGAUGGUGGCUGAAUACAGCUGGCUCAGCAAAAUGGCCAAUGGAGGGCCUCCGUCCUCCUCCCAGGGCUCUGACUCUUACUCCUCGGCCUCCUCCCUGUCUUCCACCCCCCUCAGCUCCCUUAGUGGUCUCUCCCAGGUCCUCUUCCCCCCCGCCUUUGGCUCUGACAUGGUGGACGUCUGCAUCUCCACUGAGGACCGCUCUCGCCGCACCAGCAGCUCCGAACGCACCGCAGAGACUGCCAUGCAGACUGACCUACACCCCCCCUUGGACUCUAACGCACCCCCCUCGCCUCAUGGAAGGCUGGUUGCCAUGGAAACAAGUCGGACGCUAGGCGCCACUGUGUUUUUGAAAGACACACCGAUUCGUGGGAAAGGAGAAGGUCCUGUGGAAAGGGGAGGGGCUGGAGAUGGGGUAAGGGGCAAAGGGGGGAUGUUGUCACCAGGGGAACAGGAUGUGGCGCAGGACUCCCCGAAAACGGCGGUGCUUAUGGCCCUGAGCAGACCGAGAAAGCCGAUCAGACGAUCCCAGAGCCAUAUCACAGUUACAGAGGACAAGCAGAAGAAGAAGAAGCAGGGAAAGGAAAAGAGUGCAGGAGAGAGAGAGGGCAGCAAGACCCUGCAGCGUUCCAAGACCUUCGUCAGCCUCCUUUUCAAGAGAGAUGCACGGAGAGACAUGUCCAGGAACAGGAGAGAGAGAGACACAUCACGGGACAGUAGAGAGACAGGGACAGGGGACUCCCACAGGGGUCGAUUUAAAUCACCCUCCCACCAUACUGACAAAGAUAAAGAGAGGGGUCGUCCGUUCCAGCUGCUGACCUCUCCAAGGGAGACCCGUGCUGGGGUGAAGGACAGCAGCCCCCUGCUUCACUCUGAGACCCUGGGACAAGUGGAGAACAUGGCCAGGAAACUGCUCAGUCAGGAUGAGGUCACUGCAGUCAUGAGACACUGUAAGCGGUUUAUGUUGGAGUGUGUGGUGGAGGAUCUAGUACACCCUCUACUGGCCAUACUGGACCGACCUGAGAAACUACUACUGAUACGAGAGAUCAGGAUGCUGAUCCCUCCUACAGAGCUGGGUCGUUUUGACAGUAUUGUCAUGCCCUUCGAACUGGAGGCCUACGACAUACUGAAGAGCCGCUCAUUGAGGUCUCCUGCCCUGCGCUCUCCUCGCAGUGGAACCCCUCGACGACACCUCAUCAUUCCCAUACCAGACUACCAUGGUGGUUUCCAGCUUCAGCCAGCCCAGGACUUGGGGAGAGACCGUCAGUUGAUGGAAGACCUAGAGAGACUACGUGUGUCUGGCCUCCAGGAUGGUCUCCUGCCCCCUUCCCGCGCUUUCUCCCCCCUCUUGGAUGUCCCCGUGGACAGCUACACCCACCACACCCCCCGCUCACGCUCUCCGAGCCCCUCACCCCCCAAUUGGCUCCUCACAGAAUCCCCACACACUACCAGACGCCAACUCCAAACCAACCACUCUCCCCAUAGGCGAGACAAUGGUUUGUCCCGGCCCCGGCACUAUGAUGAGACCUCAUUGCUGUCGGAAGAUACCACUCCGGAGCGGGGGCGGUCGCCGGUGAGGAACGAACAUAAUGGAAGGGUUAGGAGGGACCAAUGGGAGGGCGGCCCUGAGAGGAAAGGAGGGAUGGCCGAGGAGUACAUGGAGGUGAGAGUACACUUACCCCCCAGGAACAUUCAACCCACCCUGGCUCAGGUGCUUGAGGCCCCCCCACAGGACCGAAGCCCCUCAACAGGGAGGGAGAGGAGGGGACAAGGGCAGAGAGGGAAGGUGAAGCAAGUGAACAGACUUUCGCCAGGACGGUCGCAGAAUGGUCACCAUGGAAACGCAACACCUGUAGCCAUUCAGGAGUAUGAGAUCACCACGGUGACCAUCUCCAAAACGAAACAGUCUCUGGGUAUCAGUAUCUCAGGUGGAAUGGAGUCCAAGGUGCAGCCUGUGAUCAAGAUAGAGAAGAUCUUUCCAGGAGGAGCUGCCUCUACCAGUGAUGUUCUGAAGGCUGGGUAUGAACUGGUGUCGGUGGACGGUGAGUCUCUGCAGCGUGUGACCCAUCUUCAUGCGGUGGACGUAAUUCGCCGGGCAUUCAGCAACAAGGCCAAAGACUCCAUGGUGUUCAUCGUCAAGGUCCCCAAGGGGCCCUAAGAACCCCAGAGCCCUGCUGACUAGCCCACUGUCAGGCUUACACAAAUACUACAACCUCAGUACUACAGGCCUGUCAAAAAGGAUGCUCCGAGGUGCAGUUCACCAACCCACUUUGUCUGGAAAUGGAAAUGAAUGAAAUGCUGGUGUUCAAACCAGAACGUUAUCAGAUACAAGUAUGUGGAUUUACAGAAGAGGAGGAUUCGUCUGGUGCAGAUGGUUCGGAAUGGAAGGGAAUGGUCUACUCACAGAGGAGAGGAAGGUACCUCUGACACUGACCAAUACGCUUGCUUCUCCUCUAGGGCAAAAGGGACAAUGAUUCCAUAGAAAACAGGAAAUACUACUAAAACAAAGAUUGGUAACGUGACAUGUUAUGUUGCAUCUGCAGUCGACAUGUGGGUCUACUGUGCCUACUUUGAGUAUAAUAAUGUGAUAAAUAUUAUUUAUCAAACAUAGACUGGAUUAUAUGUAUCCCUUUUGUUAUAUUAACUUAUAUUGUUAGCUAGCGUUGUUAGGAGUCAGCAGCUAUAGCAAUCAUAUUAACAUAAUGUACUGUAGGUAACUUCAUCAUAUUAACAUAAUGUACUGUAGGUAACUUCAUCAUAUUAACAUAAUGUACUGUAGGUAACUUCAAGGGAAGGAAACUUUAUUUUGUGAAAGCAAGAGAAAAAAACAUGCAGGCACGCACGCACGCACG